ACAUCAUUCUUUACACCGCCUUCUCUUUUAUACGCAGCGGAGGUCCGAAGCUAUCUCUGCUUUUCGUAUUUCCCAAGCAAGUAAAGAAGCUCGCUCGCUCGCUCGCUCGCUCUUCUGGGUCUCUCAGAAUGUCCAUGUAGACCGCCAAAAUCAACCCUCGCAGAUUAAGAUGCCAUGAGAGUUUUAUUGGAUUCAAUCAGGUCCUCUUAAGCUUGUAGAGAUCGAACAAUGCCCUUAUUAUUGUAGCAUAUUCCGCUAUACUAAGUUUUCGGUAAUGGCUGGAGUUAGGCUUUCCAUGUUGAAAUCACUUCGCAAUUCUACCCCUUGCUCUCUGAACUCGCAGUCGUUUCAGUCGUAUACUUCUUAUUGGAAAAUUGUGAACUACACUGAUCCGGGUUAUAUAAGACCAGCCUAUGCUUUUGUAAAUCGGAGUUACCAUUCGAAGGAAACACAAUCUCAUAACACCUUUGCAAAGGCUCAUUCUAGAGCAUUGGGUUCUGAAUCAUUUGUCAAUAUCCAAUCUUACAGUACGAAACGCAUUUCAGCAUUUUCAUCUACAUUGUCGAGUACACAGAUUAGGGGUGCUACUCCACUGGUUUUGAUAAACCCAAUUUUUAGUAGCCGUUCAUACUCAUCAUUUUUCGGUAGCAAUGCUGAUAAAACUGGGGAACCAGGACUCGGAGUUCCGGCUGCUUCUGGUGGAAGUGAAGUGGAUGUUGGUAAUAGUGGCAUUGUUGGAAGUGACUGGGUUGGCAAGUUUAAGGAUGCAUGGCAGAGUGCAUUGGAUGUGGCAACUUUUACUGGACAGAAGGCUAAAGAAACCUCCACUGAACUGUCUCCUUAUAUUCAGCAGUUGCUGGAUUCAAAUCCACAUCUUAGAAAUGUGGUUGUUCCUGUUGGUUGUACUUUGGCAGGUACUAUAUUUGCUUGGUUUCUGAUGCCGAGGCUUUUCAGGGGAUUUCACAAUUACGGAAAUCAAGGGCGUGCUGCUUUGCUAUCUGCAAGUCCAUCUGAACAGCAAGUUCCAUAUGAGAAAAGUUUUUGGGGUGCUUUGGAGGACCCAGUGCGAUAUCUAGUUACGUUCAUGGCAUUUUCUCAAAUUGGCAUGAUGGUAGCACCAACCACUAUAGCUGCGCAGUAUCUUGCACCAGCAUGGAGAGGUGCAGUUAUCCUUUCAUUUGUGUGGUUUCUACAUCGAUGGAAGACAAAUGUGUUCACUCGUGCAUUAACAACUCAAACUUUGCCUGGUCUUGAUCGGGACAAGUUGCUAGCUAUGGACAACAUUUCAUCCGUUGGUCUUUUUGUGAUUGGGAUAAUGGCUUUAGCUGAGGCAUGUGGGGUGGCUGUGCAAUCAAUUUUGACAGUUGGUGGCAUAGGAGGAGUUGCUACUGCAUUUGCUGCCAGAGACAUCCUUGGAAAUGUUCUGAGUGGGUUGUCUAUGCAGUUUUCAAAGCCGUUUUCACUUGGAGAUACCAUAAAAGCUGGAUCUAUUGAAGGUCAAGUGGUGGAAAUGGGACUUACUACUACUUGUUUACUGAAUGCCGAGAAGUUCCCUGUCCUAGUUCCUAAUUCACUCUUUUCUAGUCAGGUAAUUGUGAACAAGUCACGUGCGCAAUGGCGUGCCAUUGUCACCAAAAUUCCCCUGCAAAUUAAUGAUUUGGAUAAGAUUCCCCAGAUAUCAACUGAUAUAAAGAGCAUGCUAAGGUCACACUCGAAGGUGUUCUUGGGAAGGGAGGCCCCUUACUGUUUCAUGUCUCGUUUAGAAAGUUCAUUUGCUGAAUUGACUCUCGGAUGUAACCUCAAACAUAUGAGCAAAGGAGAGCUAUACUCUACUGAAGAAGAGAUUAUCCUGCGCUCGGCUCAGAUAAUUAAGGAGCAUGGUGCUAAGCUGGGCAGCACCUACCAGAUAUGACCACUCAGUAGCCUCGAAAAUGGCAUUUUGGAACUCUGCAUUUGGUACAUCUCUUUCAAGAUAUAUUUGACUGUCAUCUUACUGAGAAGAGUUUUUCAUGAAAAUAUGAGUCACUACACCUCACACUAGUUUGUCAUAGUUUUUAUUGAGUUGCCAAGAAAGCUGAAAAUAGGAUCCAUUGUGAAAUAUCCAUUGCUAUGUGGUCCGUGUAGAAACUUCGAAGCUGACUUUUUUUUGUUGACACGUCUCAACGUUAAACCUUUCGUUUUUA